UAAAGCAUAAAAUCCAUAAACCCUCUCACCCACCAAGCUCUUCUCUCCUCUCAAAACCCCCCAAAAACCCUUUUACUGUGGGCGAUGUGCUAAAAAGCCUAAAACCCUGAUUGAAAUUCCAAACCCCAAAUUCCCGAUCAUGAGCUCCUUCAGCAGCACCACCAACUUCGACAACCUGAUGCUCCAAACCCUCAUGGGUCGCCUCCAAAUCCGACCCCCAACCACCGCCAACAACAACUCCUUCCUCUCCCAGACCCUCGAAGACCUCCUCUUCGACGCCGCCAACCUCUCCGCCGACGACGACGACGACGAGAACAAGACCCAGCUCGCCAAGGAGGAGUCCAAGCUCGAGAGGGAGAUCAUCCGGGUCAUCCUCACCGGCAACACCGAUUCGCUCAAGCCCAAUUCGGGUCAGGCCGUCACGAUCGGGGAGCACCACAUUUGCGUCGGGUUUCACGAGGAAACGGGUUCGGAUUAUCGGGUCUGGGAGUGGCACGGUCAUAUUAUGCUGUUUGAUGAAGAAAACGGGUACACGCCGGAGUAUAUAUACGGGAACUACUUUGAGAGAUUGAUUGGGAGGGCGCGUGGUGGAAGUAGUGGCGGUGGUGGUCGUGGUGAAGAGGUGAAAGAGGAGGAGGAGGAGGAGAAAGAGAAGGUGGGGAAUUUGGGGCUCAGGGAAUUGAUUGAUGGUGUGGAGGAUUCGGGUCCGGCUCGGAUUGUUCAUCGGAAUAUCAAUGCCAAUGCCGGUUCUACAACUACCACAAGGACUUAGUUGAGACAAAAAGCUUUGAUUUGCAUAAGCAGUUUGGGGUGUAAAGAGCGAGCUGCGUUGAGCUUCUUGUUGCUUUUGUUACUUGGAGUUUGGGAUCAAGAUUGUUUAUCAUUUUACAUGGUGCUUGUAUGUUGCCUUCUCUAGUUUUUCUUGGGAUUUCCAAUACUUUUGGACAGUACAGAAGAAGGAAAAGGAAUGUAUUGUGAAACAUUUAUCUCUUUUAAUGUAGUUUCUUAGCAGUUUUGACCAA